GAAUGGAGAUAUUUUAUGUACUGAUAAUAAUUGGUUGUAUUCACUUUGCAUUCUUCUUUUUCAACACAAUAUUUGUAACAUGCAUGCACUUACCAUACCUGACUUUUUUAAAAAGGACAGGUUUAGAAAUACAAUUAUUACGCAUAAAAUGGUUCACAACUGCCUUCAAUCGUUGUUUAAUGAAAUGGGGGCUAAAUCGUUCAAAAUUUUGGUCUCUAUGGUUCAACGCCGGACUUGUCACAGCAGUUGUAUCUAUUCCUGUAUCGAUUAUUGUUAUUUUAAAAGCAACAAAAAGCAAUCUAUGGCCAGUUAAAUCUGAAUUACCAAGUAAAACUGAAGGACAAGUCAUGGAAUUGAUAAUUCCAGGCGUUGAUAUUCCGUUCAAUCAAAUGGGCUAUUAUGUACUUUCACUGUUGUUCAGUAGUGUAACACAUGAGUUGGGCCAUGCAAUGGCAGCAGUCAGAGAUGAUGUUCGUUUCUUUGGAAUGGGAAUGAUAAUAUUUUUUAUCGUGCCAAUAGCCUUUAUAAAUAUAAAUAACGAGCAGCUCAAGUCUUUACCGGCAAAAAAUCAAUUGAGAAUACUUUGUGCUGGAGUCUGGCACAAUAUCGUACUGGCUGUUGUUGCCAUCAUAUUUAUGGGAGUUGUCAAUUUCUGUUUCGCACCUUUUUUCAGAAGAGAUUAUGGUGUUUAUGUCAAAGACAUUUCAACAAGUUCAAGUUUGUCAGGACCAUCUGGACUUUUAGUUGGAGAUGUAAUCAACAAAAUCAACGAUUGCAAUGUUAGAAAUUCAACUAACUGGAGAACAUGCAUUUUUCAGGCAACUCAACUUUCAACUCCAGGGUACUGUGUCACAGAUAAAAUGGUCAAGGCAAUAGAUAAAUCCACCCCUACACAAGACACGAAUGGAAUUUACGACUGCUGUGAACAGCCCAAUAAAGAUAAAGGUUAUUUGUGUUUUCAACACCUUGAUGGUUUUGACCAAGCAUCUAAAUUUUCCAAGCACUUUUGUCUUCCCACCAGAACUAUCGUUGAGAGUUCGCACAGUACAUGUCAGAAUACUGAUCAGUGUCUUAUAACAAAUGACAUAUGCAUUAAACCUACGUUGGAUGAUAGGACAAAGAUUGUUCGAAUCCAAAGAUAUGGCCACAAGGAUGUUUUAUUUUUUGGUAGUCCAUCAGAAAUUUAUUACUCGGUGGAUUUAUCUGACUGGAUACCAAGGUUUUCAUUUAUAACGCCAUUUUUUCCAGAAUCAAUAAUGUUACUCUGCAAAUACGUUUCAGUAUUUUCUUCAGGCCUUGCCAUAAUUAAUGUUAUACCAUGUUUUUACUUCGACGGGCAAUACAUUGCUAUACUUCUCAUAGAUACUUUGUUGAAAAAUAAAAUACACCAACAAAGUGUGAGGGCAAUGAUUUCUUUUGUGAUAACAUCUAUUUUUACGCUGCUUUUAGCAAUUAAUUUAUUUUAUGUGUAUAUCAAUAGACUUUAAAGCUCAUGAUCUUAAAUUACAAGCUGU